UAUAAAAUCAAUCUGUCUCUGUAAAUUAAAAUCUAAUUAAUUAACUGUUAUUAACGAUGGGAAAGAAGAGAAAAUCCAUAGCAACAAGCCUGGACGAGGUGGAUCGGACCAUGUACGCGUCGUUUUGCAGUGCUGCAAACUCUCUGUCUCAGCUUUAUACACAGUCUAUGAACCACCAAAAACUCUCCUUCCAAGCCGGUGAACGUCAAGGCCUUGAAAAACUUUAUCAAUGGAUUUGGAGACAACAAGAGGGAGGUUCUCGAGUGGCAACAGUUGAUAUAAUCAAUUACAUACAGAAUGAACUGGACUUUUGUGGAGAAGAACCAUCAAUGUCCCCUAGAACGCCACAUCAACAUCAGACUUCCCAACCUAUUCCAUUCACAAAUUCCACCUUUCUGGUUUCUUCAGGUUCAUCUGGCCUAACAGCUACUGCUCAGGGCACUCGUUCUGAACACUGUGAUCAACAACCCAAGAAUACAGUUUUCUCAAAUGCUUUGUCGAGCCCCAUUCGCCGGAGUCUCCAGAACUAUCACAUUACUCAGGGAGGCUACUGUCUGCAAGGUGGCUCACCCUCAGGAAAUGGAACCCGCAACAAUGAGCCCAACUUUCUUCAACACCAUAACAGGGAUCCUAAUCCUCCCAGUUCCAAUGAUUCCUCUAUGGACAUCUAAGAUAGCAGGUCCUGCAAGCUUCUUUCCAUGUUUUGGUUAAGGGACUUGGAUGGCUGUUGCAGUUAUGUUGCUGUUUUGGUUGUUGCAGUUCUCUUCAGGAAGAAAGCAGAUGGAAAUGGUGACUCCAUUCUAGAAUAAUCACAUGAUGCUGUUAAACUUGUUGAAGCGUGUGAAGGAAAGCUUAAUGGUGAGUUCUUAUGGAGCAGAAUGCUUAUACGAUGAGCACCAUAACCUAUCAUUUUAUCUUUUUUGUUGUUUUUUUUUUAAAUGGUUAAUUUGGUUUAUGUCAUACGUAAAGUGCUUUGUUGAAUUGGUCACACUACUUAUAAAUUGGUAUUACCUGUUGCAUUGUCUUAUAAUGUUUUGUUCUGCA